AUGCCCGUCUCCUCCUCUGCUCUUGCCAACUGGGAUGGCAGUCUGUCUUCGCCUGCACGACGUUCUGCGCAGUCAUCACAUUUCCCAUCUUCGCCAGCCUUGCCCGCACCCCCCAUCGCACCGCUUCUGAGAGUGGCACACAAGCCCGCGAGUACUGCCUCGAGUUCGUCUGAGCUUGCUCUCGCGAUGCCACCACCGUCCAGCUCUUUGUUCUUUUCGAGACACCGCUCGGAGACUAGUUCAUCAGAAGAGAAAGACCGCCUGGCGGUAGCCGUGAUGCUAUCGGCCAAUGAUUCAGAUGAGGCUUCGCCCACUGACGACGCGCGGGAUUCCGCGAAUGCGAACGUCGAUCACAGUCACAAACCUAAUGCGAAGGAAACCUCUGCGGCCUUCACUGCUCUAGGAAUGCCUACUACCCUGCCUUUAUUCUUGCCGUCCGAUUCCCCGGGGCUGGAUGACUUACCCGACCUUCAAUAUCCCGAUGAGGAAGACAUCGGCGACCCUGACCUGCAGACGACCGAAGUACCUGCAGAGGUCAUAGUUACCACGGUGGGUAUAGAUUUAGAGGCAACAAUCGAAACUUUACUGCUCAACAUGCCGGCCACUGCCCCAGGCGCACAUACCGUGCGCGCUGACGCUACGGCGGACUCUUUUCCAGGAGAAGAGGCUCAAACUCCCGAGCCUGAGAUGCACCUCAUGGACGUGGACGAUGAGGGCGCAACGGAGAAUGCCGCAACAAUAGAGUCGGAUCUGUAUCACGCGCGUGAUCACAUGUCCUCGGCUGCGAUCGCAGAGGAGUCCGAGAAUAGUGAUUUCGAUUUCAUUGUCGAUCGAGUAACAGAGGAGGUGUCCAGGAGCCUAGCGCGCCAGGAAAAGAGAAAUGCACCGAUGCACCGACAGCAAUUGCAAGGACUGAUGCGUCAACAUCAUAUGACAGGCUCGUCCAUCACAUAUCGCAGCCAUGUCCCCCUGGCUGUCACCAUCGCGGCCGAACGUGUUUCCAAGCUCAAGCUCAAAGACACCACUGCGAUCACCGACUCCGGAUAUCUCCACCUCCCUUUCUCCCCUGUCUCGGGCCCCCUCUUCAUCGCCCAUCCCGCAACUCUCUUCCUCCCGCAAACGUCCGAGGCCAUAUGUCGCUCUGCCUGCGCUCACGCCCGGCGUUUCAAAGGAGUCACAGGCAAAACUGCGGGCAGAGGCGCGCUUGUCGCAUCUGCAUACCGCGACGCGGGGCUGGGCGACGGGAGAGGCCGUUGA